UUCCGCUUGUGAUAGGUCACAAAAAUGGCUGCCAUGUUGCUUCUGUAACAUUUGUUCCUCAAUGUUAACUUUCUUCGCCGCUUUACCGACUCCUCACUCCAGCAACGUUUGCCAAACAGGUCUUUAUAGCUGCGGACAUGUUCCAGGUUCUCGGUGGGAGGAGCCUCCAGGCCGCCCGGCUCCUCGCGCCCAGGACGGCCGUGCUCGUGGAGGCUGUACGCGGACGAAAGUCCCGCACUGACCCGGUGGCCAAGUCCAAAGAAGGACGGAUUAAAGUGCCUCCCUCCGUCGAUCCGGUGGAGAUGGUGGUCCUCAAGGAGAGAUACUCGGAGUACGAGCUGAUAAUGAGGGCACUGCGCCUGGAGUUCAAGGAAGAGGUGCUGCGUAAGAAAUACGAAGAGGAGACGGGUUCGCAGGCGGAAGAGAGAGCGAGGCAGGAGGAGGAGGAGCAUCGAGCUCUGAUGGACUGGAACAACCAGGAAAACCUCCGGAUGCUUAAAGCCAGAAUUUCAAGGAUCCAGAAGGAGGAGGAGGAAGCUGAGAUCAAGAAAAUGGAAGCUGCCGUUCAGCGUGAAGAGGAACUACAGGAGUUCAUUAGGCAAAAAGAGAAGGAGAUUUUACAGCUGCAGGAGGAGGCUAAGAACUUUAUCACCUUGGAGAACCUGGAUCAGCGAAUCGAAGAGGCACUGGAUAAUCCUAAGAACUAUAACUUUGCCGUUGAUAAAGAAGGCAAAGUAGUCAAAAGGACAGUGCUGCAGUGAUCCAGCUGAUUUACUCGUGGUGUUUAUUAUUUUCCUUUGGGACUUCAGUGGUUCAUUCCAUCCAGAACCUGAAUGCAAAAAAAUGCUUCAUGGACCAGAAUCCUGAGAAAACUCCCUGGGAAUUCUGGCAACCAACGCAUCUGGACCUCCAGCUAAUAGUUUCCACAUCAACUCUCUGGGUAGUUCUUUUUAUCCACCUUGUGUUGUUACCACAAAACAAUCAUCUAAACAGCUCCCUCAUUCAUGCUGGGUUUAUUAUUGUAAACAUGUGCAGCUUGCUGACUCUUUUUUUGGAAUUAAAGUAUAAAAACCUGAGAUGUAACCAAAA